AUGACAGUGGACAUGAUGGUUGGCCCGCGCCUGAUUGAGGACCAACCCAGUAUCACACUACACGCAGGAGAAAUAAGGGUACCAGCGGGCAUUGAACUAGCUGACCCACUCUUUUAUCAAAAGCAACCAGUCGAAAUUCUACUUGGAUCGCGAAUAUUCUUCCAAAUCAUGGGACCCAGAUCCAUCAAUCUGGGCAGCGGACCAAUCUUCCAAGAGUCCGCAUUCGGGUGGCUUGUUGGCGGACUAACAUCGUUGCAAGUACCGCGACGAGCUACCACGGCGGUUAUAGCAUCUGAGCCUGAAGUAUCAAGCAAGUGGGAUUGCGCAUCGGCCCCAGAUCAUAGCUACAAGGAUCAAGGACUAGAUAAUCUGUUCAGAAGUUUUUGGGCGCUUGAGGAGGUAACUUCUGCGGAAGCGAAGCCCUGCCACAGCGCGAAUGCAAGCGAGGAGCAUUUUCAGAAAUACACGACGAUAGGAGCGGAUGGAAAAUAUGUAGUCCGCAUUCCCUUCAAAAAUGAGCCACAGUUACUAGGCCAUUCUUUUGAGCAGGCAAAACGGCGAUUUCUAUCCUUGGAAAAACGCCUUGCCCAUCAUCCGGAAGUUUACAAGCAGUAUAGAGAAUUCCUAGCUGAAUAUCUCGCGAUGAAUCACAUGGAGAUAGUCCACUCCAAGGACAAAUCCAAGGUCAGGUACUACAUACCGCAUUCCUGUGUAAUCAAACCAGAUUCCACUUCAACGAAAUUACGAGUAGUAUUCGACGCCAGCGCAAAAACGUCAAGUAACAUAUCACUCAACGACAUUCAGCACAGUGGUCCUGUUAUACAGCGUGAAUUAUUUGACCUGUUGUUGGAUUUCCGAUGCCACGACAAAGUGGCCACAGCCGACGUCGUGAAAAUGUAUAGGCAAGUAAAUCUUCACGAAGAGGAUUCGUGGUUCCAAUGCAUCCUCUGGCGGAACGAUCCCUCCGAGGAAAUACAAGUAUACCGAUUGAAAACGGUAACGUACGGCGAGGCGGCAUCGUCCUUCUUGGCAUGCCGAGCGCUUCAUGAGGUCGGAGAGGAAAUUCGACCCGAACAACCUGAAAUUGCUGAGGUUAUUCAACAAUGCUUCUACGUGGACAACUUCAUGAUGGGGGGAGAUUCAGCCGAAAAACUGUUGGAAAGGCGGCAGGCAGUGGAAUCAGCCCUGAUGAAGAGAGGUUUUCCUCUACGCAAGUGGGCGUCCAACGACGUCAGCAUCCUCGCUGGAGUAUCUGACGAGGACUUGGAGAAAGAAAUCCGAAUUGGGGACCAUGACAUCAUAAAGACAUUAGGUGUAGCGUGGUCGCCUAAGGCUGACACGUUCCGGUGCAUCGCUAAUGACCCGGUAAAUUCCCAUGAGAAAAUGACUAAACGGCAGCUCGCCUCAGAGAUAUUGAGGCUGUACGACCCACUAGGAAUCAUGCAGCCAAUAAUCAUCACAGCCAAAAUCCUUCUUCAAGGACUUUGGAAAAUUAAGCUAAAGUGGGAUGAUGAAAUCCCAGCUGAUUCGCAACAUGAAUGGCAGCAGCUGAAGAAAACAUUACCAAAACUUGCUAGCUUGACAAUUCCGCGCCAGGCGAUUCCUAGCAAUCCCGUGCACCUGGAACUGCAUGGAUUCUCAGAUGCUUCUAACCUGGCUUAUGGUUGCGCGGUCUAUGCAUAUUGCAUAGACGAGAAAAAUCGAAUAUCUAUGAACCUAUUGUGCGCCAAAUCUCGAGUGGCGCCAAUGAAGGAUGUCACCCUUCCACGAAAGGAACUUCUGGGAGCAAAGCUACUAGCGGAGUUAAUGAAAAGGGUAAUUUCCAUUAUACCAACACACGUUCAAAGAACAUACUACUGGUGCGAUUCACAAGUAGUCUUGGCUUGGAUUCAUUCAAGCGUACCCCACAGUGAAGUGUACGUUCGCAAUAGAAUCAACGUAAUUCAGUCCCUUACGCAUCGAGCGGAUUGGCGAUACGUUCCAACGGAUCAGAACCCAGCUGACAUAGUCUCGAGAGGUAUCUCCGUGAGAAAACUUCUAACCACGAAAAAGGAUAUAUGGCUGCAUGCCACAAACUAUGCGCUAGAGAACAGACGGCGCGCUGAGGCAUAUGGCGCUCCGCAAGUGAUAGCAAUCUGUUCGUCAACCGACAGAGACAGCGCCAGCAGUGAGGUGGAGGACUUAAUAUCAAGUUACCCGCACCAUAACUCAUUCCAGAAGACGCGGAGGCAUUUUGCUGUCGUCAAUAGGGCCAUGAACAACUUCAUGUCUAAAUCAGCGGCCAUCAAAAGUCGCGGGAUUAACCGAGAGCCAUGCUUCGGGCCCCUAACCGUCAGCGAACUGGAGGCUGGUGAGCAACUGAUCGUCAAGCAUCUACAGCGCAUCAGUUAUCCAAAGGAGCUCGCUCACUUAGAGGAACAAGGAACCCCUACAAAGCAGGGCCCCCUUCAACAUCUCAGUCCAAUAAUCGAAGAUGGACUCAUCCGCAUCGUGGGCAGGCUUAGCCUGUCCGACUUACCUCAGCAUCAACGGCGUCCAGCAAUAAUACCCCAAGAGCAUUUCUUCGGAAAAAUUAUACUAGAGCACAUUCAUCGACGAAAUCUCCACGCUGGCUUGGAGACAAUCAUUUCGGACUUCCAGCAACGCUAUUGGAUGCGGAACCUCCGAAAACUGGCCAAAACUGUCGUCAAUCGAUGUAUCUUGUGCGCACGAGCUAGGCCGCGCAAGCUUCAACAGCAAAUGGGCCAGCUGCCAAGACCUAGGGUGAAUCCAUCCCCAGCAUUCACCCACACCGGAGUAGAUCUAUGCGGUCCGUUUCAGAUUUUGCCAAGCCCACGGGCCAAAACGAGGAUGACAGUGUACGUGUGCAUCUUCGUCUGUUUUUCAACAAAGGCAGUUCAUCUUGAAGUGGUGGAAGAUCAGUCCACAGGUGCAUUCAUUGCUGCUCUGAUGAGGUUUACUUCACUGCGUGGGAAGCCAGAAGUAAUCUAUUCAGACAAUGGACGGAACUUUGUUGGAGCAGGUAGGGAACUUGCAGAACUACGGAAAAUCUAUAACAAUGAGAUCUUUCAAGACGAAUUGGUCGGAAUAGCAGCCAACAAGGGGAUAAAUUUCUCCUUCAUACCGCCCCGAAGCCCAAACUUUGGAGGGCUUUGGGAAGCUAACAUCAAAGUUGCAAAACGGUUGUUCACGGCAGCAGCCCGCGGGGCAUGCUUCAACAUUUUGGAACUGCAGACUGUACUCUACCAGGUGGCGGCAAUUAUGAACUCUCGCCCCCUCACAGUGGUCUGGACGGAUGCUAGCAUCCCAGAACCACUGACUCCAGGCCACUUCCUCAUCGGAAGAUCAAUGACUGCUCUGCCAAUCCCGGGCAAAUUUAUCGAAAACGGGAGCAUAUCGGUACGCUGGAAGCGUAUUCAGCAUCAAACUCUGCAAUUUUGGCGGAGGUGGCAGGAUGAAUACCUGCAACAUCUGCGCUGCAUGGCCAAAUGGACCAAGAAGCAGCCCAACCUAGCAGUUGGGCAAGUUGUCCUCAUUGGAGAUGACCACAAUCCUGUAGCAAAAUGGCCUAUGGGUAUCGUAACCAGUACGCAUCCAGGUGCUGACGGCGUCGUGCGAGUUGCCACAGUUCGCGUCGGACCUAAUCUUUACAAACGCAACGUUCGACUGUUAGCCCCGUUGCCCAUCGACUUACCAGCAGUUGACAAUAACGCAGAACUAUCUCCAAUCAACGAAGUAGCUGAACAUGAAGAGGACCCCCCACCUCAAGCAAUUUGGGACGAUCGCUUGCGUCCUCGUCCCAAAGGGGGGAGAAAAUGGAUGUAG